CGUCAAAAUCAUGAUUUGUAACUUUUUGAAUAUUUUUAAAAGUACAAAUUUUUACACAUAAAUCAGCUUUUGUUUUAAUUGGACACCAAAAGAAAAUGCUAAAAUGGAAGAACUACCAAAUACAAAAUCGAGCAGUAAAGAGGGAUGGAAAUUGGCAAAAGAAGGAAUAGAUUUAUUACUUAAUAAUAGAAUUGAAGAUGCCGAAAAAUUAUUUAAAACAAAUACUGAAGAUAUUCAAUUAGCUGCAGGAUAUUCAUUUCUAACAUUUAUUAAUGCGUUGAUGUCUUAUGAAGAUGAAAAAUUAACAAUUGCUUUAAAUGCUUUAAAAGAAACUGAAAAAAAAUGCUCAAAUGAUAUUGGUUGGAUAAAAGUGGUUAAAAAUAAAAUGUUAGGUGUAAAUAAUCAAACACAAUCUUUAGCCGAAUCUUUAGAAGAGCAAAUAAUUUUAGCUGAUACUCAGGUUUGCCUUGCCAUACUAACAUUUCUUCAACAAGAAUUUUCAGGAUAUGUAAAGGGCGGAUGGGUAUUGCGUAAAGCUUGGAAAGUGUAUCAAAGUGUUUACAAUGAAGUUUUAGAAUUGUAUAUUAAGGAAUUCGGUGUACUCAAUACCGACAUUACUGAUUAUCCACAUUUGCCUAAAAUCUAUCUUGGUUCAGCAACAUCGUCAACGUCUACAAUCCAUAAUAAUACAAAUAGUAUAAAAGAAAGUUCCUCAACAUGGUCGGUCCAAUUAGCUCCAAGUAAUAAUGCUUCAGAUUCAAUACAUUCUUCAGUACAAUCUAGUUUAAAUGAUUUAAAAGAUGAUGUCAUUGAUGAAAAUGAUGAUAAUAAUAUUAUUGUGCCUAAGAAAUGUUUAACUCCAAACGGGUAUACAACAUCCAUCCACCAUUCGAAUUAUACUAGAUCGAAUGAAAGCAAUAUGACACGUAGUGCUAGUGGAACAUCAUUUAAAUUUUCUAGAUUAACGCAAUCGCUUUCCUAUCCAUUAGGUUUUUUAUCGGGUAUGAUUCAUUCAUCUUCGACUAAUAUAAGUGAAAAUUUUGAAACUAAUAACGAUGCAAUAAGUCCAGAGCAAAUAUCUCGUUUAAUGGCCGCUGUUAGUUUUGGAUAUGGUGUUUUUCAAUUAAGUGCUUCACUAUUGCCACCAACUAUGUUAAAAUUAACACAAUUAUUUGGUUUUGGGGCCGAUCGAAAGGCGGGAAUUGAAAGCUUAAUGUAUGCUAGAAAAGGAAACGAUAUGAGAGCACCUUUGGCUUCAUUAGCAUUACUUUGGUAUCAUACAAUUGUUCGACCAUUUUUUGCACUCGACGGUUAUAACUUACAAGCUGGUGUCAAAGCAGCAUCAGCGUUAAUGGAAGAAGCUCAAUGCGAUUAUAGUCAAUCAGCGUUAUUUUUAUUUUUUGAAGGUAGAAUUAAACGAUUAGAGUCAAAUAUAACUAAGGCCUUAGAAUGUUACCAAUUGGCUGUUGAUAAUUCCAAUCAACGUGAAAUUAAAUUAUUAUGUUUGCAUGAAGUGGGUUGGUGUUACCUUAUAAAAUUGGAUUUUGUGGAGGGUAAUACAACAUUUACGUUACUGAAACAACGUAGUCGUUGGUCUAGAAGUUUUUAUGGAUAUUUAGCUUUAAUAUGCGCUGGCGCAUGCAAUAUUUUAACAGAAUUUACGGAUAUUGUUGAUUUACAAAAUAUAUUAUCAAAUUCGAAUCAAAAAACAUCACAACUUGAUGUUUAUUUAAAUAGACGAAUAAAAAUGUUCCCAGAAAAUGAAAUUGAGUUGCAAAAAUGUGAUGUCUCAUAUUGGAAAAUGUUUACAUAUGAAUUGUUAUACUUGUGGAAUGCCUUACCUAGUUGCAGCCAAGGGAAUUUAGAAAAUAUUUUAGAUGAUUGUCAGAAAAAUGAUAGUAAGGAACCAAUGGUAGGUUUAUCUGAUUUAAUUGCUGGAUCGUGUUAUUCCAUAUUUAACAAUCAAGAAAAAUCUAUUGAAGCCUAUAGAAAUUGUCUUUCUAAACGUGAAAACCAAUGUGCUAUUAAUAAUAAUUGUUCCCAUAUUGGUGCUUUUGCACAGUAUGAACUGGCAACAUUAUUAUUGAAAAAUUCAGAAACUGCAGUCGAGGGAAAGCAAAUGCUACUCCGAAUACAAAAUGAAUACAAAGAUUAUGAUUUCGAACAUAGGCUUAAUGUUCGAAUUCAUACAAUUUUAAAACGUUUAUAAAAAUCGGUUCAUAUU